AUGCCUCUUUACAACAUCACUCUGAAGGCCGAUGCUCCCGUCGAGGAACUGGAAAAGGCCAAGGAUACCGCUAGGGAGAAGGGCGGCGUCAUCAGGCAUGAAUAUAGCAUCAUCAAAGGUUUCACUGUCGAAUUCCCUGAUGACAACGUCCAGUCCUUCGAAUCUACUGAACAUGUCCAUGUUGAGCAGGACGGUGCUGUGGAGACUCAAUAA